AUGGCGAUUUACAUCGCGCGGGAGGCAACCAAGUUAUGGAGGAAGGUGUGCGCCGAGACGUCGGUGGAGCUGCAGCUUCUGUUCGAGAAGUGGCACCUGCUACUUGCCGGAAUUGUGUUUCAGUAUAUUCAUGGAUUGGCUGCUCGAGGAGUACAUUACUUGCAUCGGCCCGGUCCAAUACUCCAGGACAUGGGAUUUAUGGCCCUUCCGGAGCUCGGGCAAGACAAAGGUUAUCUUAGUGAGACUGUAUUCACUUCCAUCUUCCUUUCAUUUCUGUUGUGGAGUUUUCACCCUUUUGUUUAUCAUAGCAAACGUUUCUACACUGUUCUACUCUGGCGCAGGGUGCUUGCAUUUUUAGUCGCUUCACAGUUUUUGCGAAUUAUUACAUUCUAUUCCACUCAGCUUCCUGGCCCAAAUUAUCACUGUCGUGAGGGCUCAAAAUUGGCCACUCUUCCACCACCCAAAAAUGUUCUUGAAGUGCUCCUAAUCAACUUUCCUCGUGGAGUGCUUUUUGGCUGUGGUGAUCUGAUAUUUUCAUCACACAUGAUCUUUACUCUUGUGUUCGUGCGUACAUACCAUAAAUAUGGAUCAAAAAGGUUGAUUAAGCUAUUUGCUUGGUUGAUGGCCAUCAUCCAAAGUCUUCUUAUCAUUGCUUCUCGCAAGCACUACACUGUGGACGUUGUUGUUGCUUGGUAUACUGUCAAUUUGGUUGUAUUCUUUGUUGACAAGAACCUCCCAGAAAUGCCGGAUCGUACAAGUGGGUUAUCUUUGCUUCCAGUAAGCACAAAAGAUAAAAGUGACAGGAUGAAGGAAGAGCUCCACAAGCCCGAGAAGGAUAACAAAAUGAAGGACGAACACCAUAAGUUAUUGAAUGGAAACAACGUUGAUUCUACUGAUCGGCGACAAUGGAUGCCGAUGAACGGAAAGCAUGGGGAAGACAUGAACCACACGCUCUCUGAUGCCGCACCCAACGGUACAUGA